AUGCUUGCAUAUGGUGUCACGACUGAUUUUAUGGAUGAAUAUUUGAAGAUUGGAGAGACUACGAUAUUAAGAAGCCUAAAAAUGUUUAUCAAAGCAGUUGUUUCAAUUUUUUCUGAAGAGUGCUUAAAGAAACCCAACAAUGAUGACAUUGCUAGACUGCUCGCAGUUGGUGAAAAAUAUGGAUUUUCAGAUUUGUUAGGGAACAUCGAUUGUAUGCACUUGAAGUGGAAGAACUACCCAACUGCUUGGCAUGGGCUUACUCCGACUGUUAAUUACACUAUUAAUGGUAAUAACUAUGCAACGAGAUACUAUCUUGCUAAUGAAAUUUAUCCGCAAUGGGCAACAUUUGUUAAGACCAUCUCAGCUCCCCAAGGAAACAAGAAAAAAUAUUUUGCUGCCGCCCAAGAGUCCGUAAAGAAGGAUGUGAAGCGUGUUUUUGGUGUGCUUCAAGCACGAUUUGCUAUAAUUCGUGGACCUGCAUGA